UAUUAUCACCAUCUGGCGUCAAAUGGGUUUCAAGAAUUCGUCGUAUUAUACUUGAUGAAGUUCAUUGUAUAGGUGAAAUGGAUGGUGGUAGUACCUGGGAAUCUUUAUUACUUCUUGCACAAUGUCCAAUAUUGGCUCUUUCUGCUACGAUCGGAAACCCUGAAUCAUUUAGUAAAUGGAUUGAAAAAAUUCAAACCUCUCGUGGAUAUAAAAUGAAAUUAAUUAAAACAACAAAGAGAUUCUCUGAUCUUCAACAAUAUGUUUUUAUUCCAAAAUUUCCUUUGCGCCCUUUGGUUGAGACUACGAUCAAACCAAAAGAAGAAUUACGUCAAGAUUGUUUGAUAUCUAUCCACCCAUUUUCGGCAAUGUCUUCAGUAAUUGUUGCCGAAAAUGAUCCUGAACUUCAAAAAAUUAAUCCAGAUAAAUAUUUCAAAGAUAUUGGAUAUAUUGUAAAAGAUGAUGCUGACAAAUUUGAAGCUGAUAUCAAGGAGCUAUUUAUAUCUUGGGCUAAAGACAAAUCAAAAACAAAGAUGGUUAAUACAGUAAUUGAAAAUUUCAGUAAUGAUAUUAAAGGAAGAUUUAAUGAAUUAGAGUCUACUGCUAAAGAAGAUGAUAAAAAAUUGGAUGUUUACGAUGAGAGCUUUUUUAAUAUAGCAAUUGUUCCUUUAUUAUGUGAACUUUCUGCUCAAGAUAAAUUACCAGCUAUAUUAUUUAACUUUGAUCGUAAUAGAUGCACUAAGUUGGCAAUUGAUAUUUUAGAAAAGCUAGAGGCUGCAGAAGACCAAAAAAGAAGAGAUGAUCCUAAAUUUGAAGUAUUAUUAUUAUAUAUAUAUACUCCUAUGCAAAGUAACUUUGAUUGGGAGGGACACGAUUCAAGUUUUACUUUUGUGAAUCCAAAAUAUCGAAUGCCAGAUAAAGAAUUAGACGAGUUAAUUGAUACAUUCAAAAACAAGAUGGUUGGGACAUUAUUUAAACUUAUUGAUGCAUUAAAAAGAGGUAUAUUUUAA